AUGAAUUAACAAGUAUCACAUCAAACAAAGACAUCUCAAACUUAAUAAUUCUUAGCCUCUUAAUUUUCCAAAUUACCUGAUAAAUCAAAGCUUCAGCAACUUAUUCCUGUUUAAUUACAUGUUAACUGUUUUGAACGUAAACAAAAUGAAGGAAUUGAUAAUAGACAAUCACCACCUUAAUAAUAAAAUUAUUGUACUAAACCAUCAUAGAAACCUUAAUAAUCUAAUCAUAAAUCUAAUAUGUCAUUAUAAAAUAAAAGCAAUUCACAUAUUGAGUCUAUUUAAGAAAAAUUAUCAGCCAUAAAUCAUCCAAAUAAAAAAAGAGAUUACUCUCCUAAUUCUGAUGCAAUUAGAUAAUUGCUUAAAAAUACUAAGCAAGAUUCUGAUAUAAAUAAUUUAUUGUCUAAAAAGCAUUAAGUUUAAGAUUAGCACAUAAUUUCUACUCCAAUAACAACGAAAUAUCAAUUAAAAUCUCAUUCUCCAUUAGACAUAAAAGAGAGUGUGGCAUAAUUACUAUAAAAUCAUUUUAGUAUUUAAUAUUUAUUAUAAUAAGAAACAGAUGUAUCAUCUCCAAAGGGAAAUGGAAGUAAUCAAAAAUAGAAAAAUAAUCAUUUUGGCCCAUAUUUAUCUAUUUAAUAAUAGAUUUAAUAGUAAAAAUUAAAAGGACAUAGUUCUACAAAUUCACUUUCAUAUGGAAAUAGAAAUCAUCAUCAAUAAUCUUUAUAAGAUACUAAGAGAUCUGAGAUUGUAACCAUUACACCAACUCCUAAAAGAUUUACAACAACAUCAUAAAAUACAGAACAUAGUAAAAGUAAAUCUGUAGUGGAAGAAUAAUUGUAAUGUAUGAAAAUAAUGUAAUUCGAUAAAGAAAAUCAAUCCCAUAUCCUUAAUUUAGGAUCACCAAGUGCUUUUAGUAGUUCUGAACAAACAUCAAGUGUAUAAUCUAAUUAUUAAAUGAUAGAUUGGAGAUAGUAUUGGAAUGCACUUAUAAUUCGGAGUCAAAACAUUAUCUCCAUUUCCAAAGCCUCCUUAAUAACCUUAAAGAUUCUGUAUCUAUCAUAAAGACAAGAAGGCUAAAUAUGUGACAGAAGAAGGAAAUGAUUAUCUCUUCUUUUGUUCUAAAUGUGCUGUUAAAUUAGCAGGCAAAGGAAUGUUCUUUACUGAAAUUGCAUAAUUAAAAUAAUCAACAAUAGAUUCAUAAACGUUUUCAUUUUAAUAAAGUUCUUUAGAUUCAACUCAAAGAUAAUCAUCAUCAGUAGACAUAUAAUUUAAAGAAAGAGAAAUGAAGGUUUUUCUCGCAUUACUAUAUUAAAUUCAAAACAAUAGAUAAGAAUUACUAAAUUAGUUAUCAAGUUAAGGUAAUAAGUUGCAAAAUUAUUAUGAAAAAUAAAUGAACUUAUGUAGAGAAACUAAAUAAUAAUUAUCAAUAUUCUUAGAAGAAAUAUAUUAGAGAAGUAUGAAUCAAUUGUCUAAUUCAAAAUAAUAAACCCUAUCCUUUAUUACUAAAUUAUUUCAAUAAUUGACAACUAAUUAACUGGAUACUAAGAAAAUUUAGAAUGAAAUUGAAACUAAUUGGAAAAGAGUCUUAGAUAAUAUGGAUAUGAAUUUAUUUAGAGAAGUUAUGAAUCAACAUCAUUCUAAAUUUACUAAAUUUGGUGAAUUUCAAUAAGAGAUACAAAAUUAAUACAUCCAAUUAUAUUCUAUGGGUUCUAUGGAUAUCUAGGCCACGAUGUCUUUGAUUGCUUAAAAGUAUACUAUUAAACUAUUGAUAGUUUUGAAAUUGUUGAAUCUGCCAUUCCACUCAUUUCAAAUAUCUAAUAAAUGAACAUUACUUAACCAAUUAGAACUUAGCCUACUCCUCCAAAAAAGAAUGAAGAAUCAAUUAGUCAUAGAAUUAAGACUGAUUUCAGCAACCAAAAAAAACAUUCUGAUGCUAAACAAUAAAACUUUUGUUAGUAUUUCAAUGAAAAAAUGGAUAUCAAUUAAAAUGCAAAGGAUAAUAAUUCAAGAGUUACACCUUCGAUUUCAUCUCAUAACAAAAAUCUUUACGUUUCAUUUGAAAAUAAAGAAAUAUUUAUGAAUGCAUUAGAAACUGAAAAAAAUAAACAAACUUGUUCAGAAGAUGACAAUGCAUCUAAACAGCAAGCUAUCAUGAUUCUAUAAUCAUAUAAAGGAUCUCAUGCAGAUAUUGAGGAAGAAUCUCUUAAUAUGUCUCACGAUUCUUAAAAGUCUGCUCCUCAUAGUCCUGCAUCUGGCUAAACCAAAGAAUCUGUUUAAAGAAUAAAUCCCACUCAAGAAUAAGAAUUUGUUACUCUUGCAAAUAAUAAAAAUGAGACUGUACCAAAAGAGGCCUUUUAAAAAUAAAAAAGUACUUUCAGAACUCUUUUCGAAAAUGAAGAUUCUCAAGAGCCUAAUAUGUAGAUAAAGAAGGAAGUGACUGCCAUUUCUCCAGCUAGGAGUGAAAAAUUUAAGUCCAUCCUUAAUCGAAUUUCUAAUAGUCAAUCUACUACUUAAUAGUAUAUAUAUUAUAACUAUAAACAUUAAUUAAUUUUAGGUAUUAUCAAUAGAUACUGCAAGGUCAUCAAAAAGUUACAAGUGAAACACCUGAUACCAAAAAAUAAGAUUCAUUAAGUUCUAAUUAAAUUAAAUUUGAAGUUCCUGAUACUUGUGUUAAGGAUGACGCAAUGAAUCUUAAAGAUACUUAAGACAUCAAAGAUUCUGUCCAUCAAAUUAAUAUGUGUGAUGAUCAGUAACAUCUCAGCGAUUAUGAUGAUGAAAAAGAAAUUCAAGAUACCAAAUUGCGAUAUGUAUAUUAAGGAGAUGAAAGAAAAGAAUAAUAUCAAAAGACUUUAUUUUCAUCCCCAAUGUUUAAAGAUCAUUGA